GGCCUUGGUAACAGAGGUGACCAAGAACGCGAUGGUCGCUCUGACUGAGCUCCACAGAUACUGUGUGGAGAUGGGAGAAACUUCCAUAAGGACAGCCGUCACUGCAGCACUCCACCCAUCUGGGCUUUAUGGCAGAGUGGCCAGACAGAAGCCUCUACUCAGUGAAACCGUGAAAACCCAAACAGUACAUAUUUAUUAAAUAAAGCCGAAACAGACGUUGAACUAAUACUGAUAAAGUAGUAAACAGGUGUUGCACCAUUUUCUGUGACCCGUCACAUUAUGUGACCUGGGAAAUUGGCUCACCGGACGUGAUGUCACCUUAUAUCAAUACGCUGAGAAUAACAAAUAUGGCGGCCGAAGCGCCCAAAAAGUCAGUAAACACAGACUCCCCCGUCAAGAAGAAAAGGAUUAGGUCAGAGGAAGGCCAGCGGGCAAAGAGAGAAAGUGACAAAAGGCGCAGCAAGACGAGAAUAACUAUCGGGGCGGCAAUUACUAAGUGGCAACAAGUGAAGAAACAAUACGGCAUCAAAACGGACUCAAAGAUGGCUUUUAUUCUGCUGGACAGUUAUCUUCGGACCAAGUCAGAGAGUCGACCUGAGCGGCCGAGCCUGGAGAGGAGUUCUUCAACUGAAACCUGCUAUGAGAGGGGUGCCACAAAGGGGAAACCUUUUCAGGUCAGAGCCCCAGCAGUGUCUGUCACCGGUGUCUUUGAUGGGACAGACAGAGAUGAGCAUCUGAAUGUCAUUGCAGAAGCCACAGAAAUUCAGGGCCUUGAGCAAAGUGAAAGUGUGCAUUACGAAUACCCGUUUAUGAUGAGUUCACCAAAUGAAGUUGAACGGGAAACUUGUGCUGCUGUUUCUGUCCAGUCAUCUGAAAAUGGAAAGGAGCCAGAGAAAAAAGAGUGGACGACAAACAGGCUGUCAGAAAAUAAAGAAAACAGAGAUAUUCAAGAAGACGAGGAUGAGGAAUUCAGCACCUCUUUAAGUGUGGGAGAUGGACGUUACCUGGUGGACCUGGGGAGCUCCUCGGAGUUCAUUGUUGAUGAAGAGUGCAUCCUCCAGCUGUUCAGGUCAUGCCGGGAAUGCAACAGACAGUGCACAGUCAGGAAACACGUCAGAGGACUGAAGCUUGUGGUUAACCAGGCUUGCUGUUUCUGUCAAAGCCGCUGUAAAUGGACUAACCUGCCAGAUGAUGAUGAUGAUGACGACGACGACAAAGACGAUAGUGAUUUCCACAUCAAUGGGAAAGACACGACACAUGGACAGACCAACACAGCAAUGUCGCCAAGCAGUAACACAAGCUGAGAAAGUGUCAUGUCUGAAGUGAUGCUCCAAGCGGACAGUGGCUGCACUGGGAUUACGCUGAACCAGGAAUGUGCUCCAGUAUUUGUUUUAACCUGUGACACACUGGAUUAAGCAGCCGGACUCCUGGUUAUUCUGCUGCGUUUCUCGGGAAUGUUGUCACACCAUCAUCAGCGUCUCGGCAUUUUCUUUGUUUGAGGAACUAUCUGAUGCAAACUAGAGGGUGGUUAACUCUGCCUGUGAUGUCUGUUAACAGCACUCACACCACUGCAAUGGAGAAUACAUGCUUGUGACUGGCAGGUCAGACAGACGUACGGUGAACAGCUAAAUCACUGCUGGUGGUCAGGAGUGGGGCUGCUGCAACAAAACUACACUUGCAGUAAAACACAGGUUGUAACAGCAGAAGUUGAACUUUUUUAUUUUGGCUUUUCCUUGGAAGACUUUUUUGGAAGUGAUGGGAUUUUCUCCUUCAAAGUCAUCAUCCUUGUGCCUAUUUGUAGUUCCACAUUAAGCAAUGCUUAAACGAGACUUUAACGUUUUUCAGCAAUAUUGAAGAUUGCUGCCAUGUUUGUUGACAAGUGAGCUGUAGCAUACAGUGCAGGCAAAGUCAACGUAACAAUAACACUUCUGUACCAGGAGGGAAUACAUAUACACGUUAAUACCAGGUGUAAAUGGGACCUAAGUUUGAAGCUGUCAGUUGACCAACAUUUUGUUUUUUCUGUGCACUUAAGCCGAAAGAACUCCCUGUUUGAGCAUCUGAGGUCCAGCUGCAGCCAAUCAGAAACUAGCAUUCAGUUAGCAUCAUUCAGUCAAUGACCUGAUUUGUUCUUCACACCAUUUGGACAUGAAAUUUACAUAGAUUUGUUUUGCUACAGCUGGAACUGCUUCAUUACAGGAUUUGUUCAGCGACUGUUACUUUAUAUGUUUGAUACUCUGGUCAAGU